AUUUUUGCUUUUGUGCAAGGCCCUAAAUAUACUUUUGUGUUUGUGAAUUGUGUUUGCUCUCUAUGGUGUGGCAGCCGCUGUGGGAGGGCUCGCUGGUGGUGCUCCAGUGGCUGGCCGCCCUGCUCACUGACGUCUCGGACAGCGCCGCCGCCGCUCUGAACAGCUCUCGGCCGCUGGUGAGCGAGGCCCUGCAGCGCGCCGGCGGCCUGGUGCCGUGGCCCGACCUGGGCCUGCCCGAGCUCGACGCGUUCCAGGCCAACCUACUGCUGGCCAUCGGCGGCAUACUGGUGACCAACGUGCUGCUUGUCUACCUGGCCUGGUCGCGCUACGGCGAGCGCAUCGUGGAGCACUUUACCUCGGCCGACGCCACCAGCAAAGUUCGUGACCUUGGGAUGCGUCAGAACCUCCCCAAGGAGUUCACGCCCAAGUUCUGAGGUGCCGACUCCCUCCAAGUCGCCGCAGCACAUUGGUCUAACCCCGACGCACGAGGGUAGACCAUGGACGCCCUGAAGAAGUUCAUCGAGAAGAAAAAGUCUGAGGCCAAGUUCAAGAAGGCCGGCCCGGGCCACCGUCUGUCGGGUGAGCCGGGCGGCGGCAGCGGCGGCGCGCGCGGCUCCUCCUCGGCGCCGGCGCCGCUACCUGAGAGACAGCACCCGUCCAAAGGCUCCCAGCUGGCCGGCGCCGCCGCGCUGGCGCGGCACGAGCAGAAGCAGCAGCAGCAGUCGGCCUCCAGCCGCUCACUGGCCGUGAUCCGGGCCCAGGCGCGGAAGGAGCUGGACGCGGAGCUGGCGGCGGCGGGCGCGGGAGCGGCGGAGGGCGGCGCGGCGCCUCCCGGGCCGCGGGUCACCGAGCUGGAGAUGGCGCCCAACCUCGCCGUCAGCGGCGUCUACUACCGGUGCCCCAUCAUCGGAGGCGAGGUGCUGCCCCGGCCCGAGAUCCAGCAGAAGAUCAAGCUGUUCCUGUACGAGCAGCUGGCCGAGGACGGCGGUAUCGCCGCCUGCCUCAUCAUCCACUCGUGUAACGCCAACCGGGAGAAGGUGCAGACGGGCGUGGAGACGCUGUGCAAAUACAUGGAGAACAUCCUGUCCGCGCCGGCCGAGGAAAAGUUCCGCAAGAUCCGACAGUCGAACAAGGCGUACACCGAGCGCGUGGCGCCGCUGGAGGGCGCCGCCGAGCUCCUGGCCGCCGCCGGCUUCCAGAGCACCCAGCUACCGCACGGCGACGGCACGGAGACGUUCUGGGUGUUCCCGCCCGACGGCGACCUCGACAAACUGCAGAUGUUCCGCGACGCGCUGGUCAGCGCCGAGCCCAUUGUUCCGGAGCUGGACAGGAACGCCCGCGCCCUGAUGCCGGCGCAGGCGGCCCGCCAGGUGGCUCUGCCGGCCGACUUUUUCGCCAUCUCCCAGGAGGAGCUCAAACGCGAGCAGCAGCUCAGGUCGGAGGUGGUCGAGAACAUGACACUGCUGCAGACCAAGGCGAUGCGCGAGCGGGCCGAGCAGCGCGAGCUGAGAAAGUACCGCUUCUGCCUGGUACGGGUCCGCUUCCCAGACGCCAUCACUCUGCAGGGUACAUUCCGUGUGACGGAGCGCGUGUCGGCCGUGUACACGUUCGUGCGCGAGAAUCUAGUCCGGCCGUCGGAGGCGUUCGAGCUGCUCACGCCCACCGGCCACCCGUUGGACGCCGACGACCAAAGCACCCUGGCCGAGGCCAAGCUGGUGCCCUCUGUGCUGCUCACCUGGCAGCUCAAGUCGGGCGCCGCGCCGCCAGGCGGCAGCACCGGCGCCUUCCUGGUGCCAGAGCUGAUGGAGACCAUCUCUGAGCUGGGCUGAGUGGUCAGUGGUCACUGCCGAGCUCGGCUGAGCGGUCACUGCCGAGCUGGGCUGAGCGACAUCAGCAGUCACGGCCGAGCUCAGCUGAGCGGCAUCAGCAGUCACUGCCGACCUCGGCUGAGCUCGGGGCUCGGUCAGCUGAGCUGUGUGCAAGCCAGCUGGGCUGAGCUGAGCUCCUGGCGGGUGCUGGGCUGGUCAGAGCUCCGAGUCAGGUCAGCUGAGCUCCGUGCCGGGUCAGCUGAGCUGGGCCGAGCUCCGGGCUGGGUCGGCUGAGCUGGUCAGAGCUCUGAGUCAGGUCAGCUGGCCGGGCUGAGCUCCGGGGCAGUCACUGAGUGAUACACUGUGGACCGGCCGGUCUGUACGGCCGCCCGGGGCAUUAGGUGUCGUGUCGGUGACCCCACGUCUGUUCCCACCGGGCCGCGGGUGCGGCGCACUGCCGGGAGGGCUACCUGUGGCUCCACAGUCACGCCACGCCAUAGUCAUCUACCCAUGCAAGCUGGAUGUUGUAUUUUUGUGUUGCAUAUCGACCGGUGUGGGCCGGCUGCGCUGAAUGGCCUGCCUCUCUUCCAAUGGGGCGUGCCCGCCCGCGCAGUGCAGCUGUUCUGUGACUUGUUGUGGCCACGCAUAAAUAUAUUAUCGGUUACGCGUGA